AUGGAAAGAAAUGAAAGCUCUAGAAACUUCAUUCUGCUUGGAUUCUCUGACCGGCCAAAGCUGGAGAUGGUCUUGUUUUUCACUAACAUGGUGUUUUACUUUCUGGCUGUCAUGGGAAACUCGACUAUCAUCUUCCUGUCCAUGGUGGACCCUCGGCUGCACAGGCCAAUGUACUUCUUCCUCUGCAACCUGUCCCUCCUGGAUCUCUGCUACACCUCUAGCAGCAUUCCUCAGAUGCUGGUCAACCUCUGGGGCCCACAAAAGACCAUUACCUAUAUGGGCUGUGUCAUACAACUCUUUGCAUUCCUGUCUGUGGGUGGCAUUGAAUGCAUUCUUCUUUCUGUCAUGGCCUAUGACCGCUUUGUGGCUGUUUGCAAGCCUCUU